UAAAUAGGCUGUAAAAUCACACGAAAAACUAUCAAAAGCGAUCUUGUUUGGUUUAGAUAAGGACGGAACUGGUUGAUUUUGGUACAAUGUGUUCAAAAAGGACAGUUUUUACGGUUGUUUUCUGGACUUUGUCCUUACACCAAGUGUCCGGCCAGUGGUUAGAUGAUCAAGAGGCUACUAUACAACAGAAAGCCGAGAAGCUAGCGACACAAUUCUUAAAAUCAGAAAUACAGCAAAUAACUCGAAAUAUAGAGACAAAGAUUAUGCAGAAAUUUGACGGAAUCCAGCGUGUUAUGGAAGAAAAAUUGACUUCAAUGAUUGAAAAAGUUCGAAAGGAAAAGAUGGAAAAAGAGAGUGAUAUCGUCAGAAAUUUGAGCAAAUCUAUCUUAGAACAACAGGAUAUACUUAAAAUGCUUAAAACCAUGUCUCCAUCAGAUGUGCAGGAACAAAAUAAUCGAAGUCAGACAAUUCGUGAUAUACAUGGUUCUGUCAAAAACAUCCAAGGUAAAGUCCAGAAUGUCGACAAGAUCGUAGAAUCUCUUGAUAAUCUUACCAUUGAAAUCAGGAAAGAGAGAUCAGAAUCAGUUAUAAUGGCCGGUCUCCUUAGGAAUGUCAGUCAAAGCAUCCAGGAUAUAAAAACAGGGCAGCAAUACUUGCGGGAAGAAUUGGUCGCUGUUCAGACUAACCUCUCGUGUAAAAGGGAACAAAGUCCUACAAUCAAAUGGGACUCAAUUGAUAAACUAAUGGAAAUCGUCAAUGGUCUGCCUGGAAAACUAGACAUUGGUAAUGAGCCAGUGAAUCUUAAUAUUUCAUCCAAUGUACCUGACAUGGGUUUUGGCCUUGAGAACAUCAGUAGCCUCACAAGGUCACAGGAAAUGUUCCAAAAAGAGAUCCUUAAGACUGUUUCGAUGCUUGGAAUGCAAAACCACACAAACUCGAUAGAUAAGCUGAUUGAGAAACUUUCGACAUUGAAUACAAGAAUAGACGAUUUUCAUCGAAUCCGAGAAUUUGUUUCCAAUUUAACCUUGUCAUUUGAAAAUGAAAAGUUGAAGACGGAAAUGUUAGUUGUGAAUUUUGAAAACAUAAAAAGUCUUUUGUUAGAUUUGAAGAAUGGGCAGUUAUCUUUGAGAGAAAAUACGCGUUCAUUUAGAGCAAAUGAUUCCUCCAUAGCCUCACUGGAUUAUUUGGUGAGCAGAUUAGAGAAUCUCACUAGAGGUAUUGAAGCAAGCGAUAUAAAGAAUCUAACUAAAGGUAUUGAGGCAAGUGAAAGAAACAAUUCCAACAACACUCGACAUACCGUAAUGGAACCCAUGACAGUGCAAGAUUGUUCUGAUAUACUAAAGAAGUUUCCAGGCACUCAAGGCAAAAAUGGUGUAUACAAUAUAACCAUUUCCCAAAAUAAGAAGAAGGCUGUGUAUUGUGACAUGACCACGGAUAACGGAGGGUGGACGGUUAUACAGCGACGAGUUAAUGGAUCCACCGACUUCUAUCGUAACUGGGCCGAAUACAAGAAAGGAUUUGGAAAAGCGAGUCAUGAAUAUUGGAUUGGAAAUGAAAUAUUACACAAUCUUACAACCAGAAAAUCUCAAGAACUUCGAGUCGAUAUGCAGAGAUUUAAUGGAGACAAAGCAUACGCAGUUUUCUCAACCUUUUCUGUUGGAGAUGAGGCAAGCAAAUAUAAACUGACUGUUAAUGGAUACUCUGGGAAUGCUGGAGACAGUAUGACUUACAGCAGUGGCAUGAAGUUUUCAACGAAAGACCAGGAUAAUGACAAGGACAGCGGCGACUGCGCCACCUACUGGAAAUCAGCCUGGUGGUUUAAGGCGUGCUUCUAUACCAAUCCCAACGGACAAUAUACAAACAGGGAGAAAACGGGGUGGAAGUAUGUGGUCUGGUACUACUGGAAGAAAUCCAACUUUGCUCUGAAGAACAUAAGGUUGAUGAUUCGACCUAAGCAGUGACAUUGGCUGUGCUAAAUUUUAAUUUGAUAUAACGUCGCCAAUGCCUAAGCAAAACAUUUUUUCAAUCUCAAAAUUACCAAAAUAUUUCAUCCAUUUAAAAAAAAACU